AUGGCAAAAGGUGAUACUGGUGUACGAUGUUUCCAAGGCUUGCUUAUCCUGGGGAAUGUUGUCAUGGGGUGUUGCGGCCUUGCACUCAUGGCAGAGUGCAUAUAUUUUGUGUCGGAUCAUCACACACUGUAUCCGUUGCUGGAAGCCACUGAUAACGAUGACAUCUUUGGUGCUGCCUGGAUUGGGAUCUUCACGGGUUUCUGUUUCUUUUGCCUCUCUGUCCUGGGCAUUGUCGGCGUCCUGAAGUCAAACAGGACAAUGCUGCUGGUGUAUAUCAUCCUGAUGAUGAUUGUCUUUGCCUUUGAAGUUGCCUCCAGCAUCACAGCGGCUGUGCAUCGAGACUUCCUCACACCCAAUCUCUUCUUGAGGCAAAUGCUGGAAAAAUACCAGAAUCCAGAACCAGUCAACAGUGAUGAUGAUUGGAAAAGUGCUGGCAUCACCAGAACAUGGAAUCGUCUCAUGUUGCAGAAUAAAUGCUGUGCUGUGAAUGGCCCAACAGACUGGCAGGCGUAUACCUCAAUUUUUAGGACGGUGAAUAAUGAUGCAGAUUACCCCUGGCCACGCCAGUGCUGUGUUAUGGAUGUACAAGGAAAAGCAAUCAACUUGGAUGGCUGCAAAUUGGGGGUGUCUGGCUAUUACCACAACACAGGCUGCUAUGAAACCAUUGCUGGCCCAAUGAACAGACAUGCUUGGGGUGUUGCCUGGUUUGGAUUUGCCGUCCUCUGCUGGACUACUUGGGUCCUUCUUUGUACCAUGUUCUAUUGGAGCAGAAUUGAAUAUUAA